AUGGAGGGCUCCUCCAUUCACGAGAAGGAGGCAGAAAUUACCGGCAACAAUGAGGUCUACAUCGACCCUGUUGCUGAAAAGCGUCUUAUCAGGAAGCUCGAUCUCAUGCUGUCCCCGAUGAUGGUCUUGAUCUUCUUGGUGGCAUACCUGGAUCGUGCGAAUAUCGGAAACGCAGCUAUUGCUGGCAUGAAUGAGGAUCUCAAACUUACCGGCAACAAGUUGAACGUGGCUGUCACUUUGUUUUACGUGACCUACAUCGCCUUCGAAGUCCCCGCCUCACUCGCCUUGAAAAAGGCACGCCCGAGUCGCCUCAUCCCAUUCUUCAUCAUCAGCUGGAGCGCUGUUAUCAUUGGAGCAGCAUUCAUCAAGAACUACGCGAGCUUGUUAGCCACACGUCUUCUCCUUGGUGCCUUCGAGUCCGGCCUGUUCCCCUGCCUUACGCUCUACCUCAGUACUUUCUACCAGCCAUUGGAGCAAGCCCGCCGAGUAUCAUAUCUCUUUGUUGCAUCUGCAUUGAGCGGAGGUCUCGGUGGACUGCUUGCCUUCGGUCUUACAAACCUCCACGGAGCCAGCGGGUUGGCAGGAUGGCGUUGGCUCUUCCUUGUCGAGGGUAUCAUCUCUAUCGUAGUUGGAAUCGCGACCAUCUUCCUCCUUCCGGAUAACUUCGAGACCGCUUGGUGGCUCAACGAAGACGAGAAAACUAUCAUGCGUGCUCGUCAUGAGAACGCUCGCCUUUAUCAGGGCAAGUCCACUACAACCGAUGCACUUGAUCGUUCCGAGGUCAAAUUGGCUUUCAGGGACCCCAAGGUCUGGCUUAACUCAGCAUGCCAAUUCUGUGCCAAUACCUGCUCCUUCGGAUUCAGUACCUUCCUUCCUGUUAUCAUCCGCGGCUUCGGUUAUAGUUCAAUCAGGACCCAGCUGUUGACAGUUCCCGUAUACAUCUGGGCCAGUGUCGUCUACAUCACAGUCUCAUUUGCUUCCGAUCAUUUCAAUCGCAGAGCAUUCUUUAUGGUACCCAUGGCUUUGAUAACUGCUACGGGCUAUGCGCUAAUGCUGGGCCUACCGAUGACUUCGACCGGAGUCCUCUACUUCGCCACUUUUGUCACCGCCACCGGUAUCUACUGCGUCGUCGGCCUCAACGUAACCUGGAUUAUUAAUAGCAAUGCUGGAUACUUCAAACGAGCUACAGCAAUCGGGCUUCAGCAGACAAUUGGUAACAGUGCUGGCAUCAUGGCCGGUCAGAUCUACCGAAUCAAGAAUUCCGAGGGACGAUACGUCAUUGGGCAUGCCGUGUCUCUGACAACCAUAACUCUGGCUGCUUGUGGAUAUGCUACCAUGUACUUCCUGUUGCGUCGCUUGAACCGGAAGAGAGAAGCCAUGUCCAUUGAAGAGAGGGUCAGGGAGAUUGACUCUGGCAAGAUGGGAGACAGGCACCCGGAUUUCCGAUAUGUGUUGUGA